AUGACAUUGGAUGGACUAAAUUUAUCGUUUCUGACAAAUCUCCCUCAAAUUCCAACCACUUCUCCCUCAUUAGAGCGCUUGUUGUCCGAAUAUGAAGCAAUGACUAAUGGGAACGAGAGGUCAACCAAGAUCGCAAGGAAAAAAUCCAUGAAGCACAGAGCUCAGAACAAUAAGAAGCGUUUAAAUGGCUUCAUGGCUUUUCGGGCAUUUUAUUCUCGUAACAUUGCAAACUACAACUCCCAAAAGUCUCUUUCUCAAGUUCUUGCUAAUGCCUGGAAUAGAGAGAAACAUCAACAAAUCUGGUCGUUGUAUGCCAUUCAGUAUAAUAAUUCAAAGAGCAAGGAACGAUUCUCUGUAUGGUUAGAAAUGAAGCUCAACAAGAAACUGAGAGAACACAACUCAGAUGACCCCAAUACUUGGCGGGAAAUCAAUUUCAUGUCCGAUAUUGUCGUUGAAGAUGUAUUUCAGGCAUGUUCUUCAUAA